UAACCUAGCUCACUUUUUAUCCUUCAUGCAACAAACUGAUAGAUCAUUUCACCUUCUCAAUACAAGUAUUCAAACACACACACACACACACACGUAUAUAUAUGUGCACCACAAUGUAUCUGUACUCACAAGAUUCAAAAUAAGUAAAAAGAAGUUAAACAUCAAGCAGAACAUAAUGGCAAGCUUGGGAAGUUUCAUGUCUGUAUUAAACUUUCUCUUAUUUCUCUUUGUUGGUUUAAUCUCUUCAUCUGAAGCUGCCAUAAAGAAAUACCAGUUUGAUAUUCAAGUGAAGAAUGUGAGUAGACUGUGCCAUGCAAAACCCAUUGUAACUGUAAAUGGGAGGUUUCCAGGGCCAACUAUCUAUGCUAGGGAAGGAGAUCAAGUGUUUGUCAACGUUACCAACCAUGCACAAUACAACAUGUCGAUUCAUUGGCAUGGACUUAAACAAUAUCGUAAUGGUUGGGCGGAUGGACCGGCUUACAUCACACAGUGUCCGAUACAGACCGGAAACAGCUAUACUUACGAAUUCAACGUUACUGGGCAAAGAGGAACACUAUGGUGGCAUGCACACAUUUUCUGGCUUAGGGCCACUGUCUACGGGGCAAUAGUAAUUAUGCCUAAACUUGGAACACCAUUUCCUUUCCCACAGCCAGCUAGAGAAUUCGAAAUUGUCUUAGGUGAAUGGUGGAACAAUGAUGUGGAAGAGAUUGAAAAGCAAGGGAACAAAUUGGGGUUGCCACCAAAUAUGUCAGAUGCACAUACGAUCAAUGGAAAACCAGGACCACUAUUUCCUUGUUCUGAGAAGCACACAUUUGCAAUGGAGGUAGAACAAGGGAAGACAUACCUCAUGAGAAUCGUCAACGCUGCCCUCAACGAUGAGCUUUUCUUUGCCAUUGCGGGUCACAACAUGACAGUAGUGGAGGUUGAUGCUGUUUAUACAAAACCAUUCACCACUCAGGCUAUACUAAUUGCUCCUGGUCAAACCACAAACGUUCUGGUUCAUGCCAAUCAAGUUGCUGGUAGGUACUUUGUGGCCACCAAGGCUUUUAUGGAUGCCCCAAUUCAAGUUGACAACAAAACUGCUACAGCUAUACUUCAAUACAAAGACAUCCCAAACACUGUCCAACCCAUCCUUCCACAGUUGCCAGCUAGCAAUGACACAGGUUUUGCUUUGAGUUACAACAAAAAGCUCAGAAGCUUGAACUCUGCUAAGUACCCUGCUAAUGUUCCUCUCAAAGUUGAUAGAAACCUCUUUUACACUAUUGGUUUAGGCAAGAAUUCUUGCCCCACAUGCCUCAAUGGAACCAGGUUUCUUGCUUCCAUAAACAAUGUAUCUUUUGUGAUGCCUCAAAUUGCGCUUCUCCAAGCUCACUACUUCAACAUCAAGGGUGUUUUCAGAGCUGAUUUUCCUGACCGCCCACCAACUCCUUUCAACUAUACCGGUGCGCCAUUAACCGCCAACCUUGCCUCUUUGACAGACACAAGAGUAAACAAGAUUGCCUUCAAUUCUACUGUUGAGCUAGUUUUGCAGGAUACUAAUCUCCUCACAGUUGAAUCACAUCCAUUUCAUCUUCAUGGAUAUAACUUUUUCGUUGUCGGAACUGGUAUCGGUAAUUUUGAUCCUGCUAAAGACCCUGCCAAAUACAACUUGGUAGAUCCUAUUGAAAGGAACACAAUUGGGGUUCCUACAGGUGGUUGGACCGCAAUUCGCUUCCAAGCAGAUAAUCCAGGUGUUUGGUUCAUGCAUUGUCAUUUGGAGUUGCACACUGGUUGGGGGUUGAAAACAGCUUUCCUUGUUGAAAAUGGACCAAACCAAGGUCAAUCGGUUCUGCCACCACCAAAGGACCUUCCUUCAUGCUAGUCAUUGGUUCAGAAAUAACCAGAGAAAAAUUUAAUUGAUUUGUAUUCAAUGAUUUUACUGUGUUUUUGAGUAUCCAGCCUUCAUGUAAAAGUCGCAGAAGGUUUUUAAUUAAGAGACAAAAAUAAGAGGAGACAAAUGUAAGGAAAGAUUUCAAGGAUUUCUUGUAAUUAAAUUUCCAAAGUAAUGAUUUUUUAUUUCAUUGUUA